UUGUGAAAAAAUCUUUGUUAUUAAUUUAAUUUGUGACAUAGGUGUAUUAAUCUCUGAUUAAUUUUUUAUCUUUCCUAAUUAUUGAUACUGUGGUUAUAGAACCACUUGGUCUUUGUUGAAAAGAGUAUUUGGACCACUCCAUUCUUUAGAAUAUAAGACAUAUAGUGAGCGUCGCAACACUUUUCGAUAUCUACUGGUAUAUUAUUUUUUUAUAGACCUACUUGAUAAACCUGUCAUAUAUGUAAUUUCAGUGGUUGUAUGUACAGAUUUAAAAAAGUUUUUGUACCUCGUUUUAUAUACAUACAUUAAAGCUAAUCAACACAUAAUUUAAAUUCUGUAAUGUAUUAUUAGUUAAUUAUUCUUCAAAUAUUAUUUCGAAUAGGGUUUCUCUUCUAAUACGAAUGCUAAUAAACUUUUUCAUCUAUUGGAAUAAUGUUUCACAAAAUCAGUCAGUCGCCUUCUUUUUGGUGCAUAUAUAGUGUGGUUAUUAUUAUUAGGAAGAGUAAUAUGUUCCUCUCUUGUUUAUUAAUAAUUGUGCAAUCGUGCUCAGCAAUCAGCACUAUGUUGUUUAAUGCAUUUAAUGCAAUCAUUCAUAUUGUUUCUCCAUGUUCUGUAUAAUUUUAUUUUCAAAACACGUUAUUUGCAAUGCAGCAAUUGUCGUUCACAUUUUGUGGAAUAUGUAUCAACAAGCCAAAAUACCAGAAUUAUUACAAAUUAUUUUUGUUUUUUUAUGCAAUCAGAUUAUCUUUUAGUAAUUACAGUAGGUAAUGCAGUCAUCAUGAAUCUAAGCAGUUUUUAGGACUGUAUCUUGUUUCUCUGCAUCAAGCUUUCUUAAGUUCGGAUAUAUCCUGUUUUGUCUGAAAAGAAAAAAACUAUGAGUAUGAUCCACAAAAGCUCACUAAUAUGCUUGCUAUUUCGUGGAAAGGGAUUAAUCUAGUGGUUGUCAAACCUGACUUCACCGGCGUGACUUAGGCCUGAGCGAAUACGUAAACUGCUAUUUGGGAAAUGUGUGGUGUUAUAAUAUCACCCUUCGCUAUAUUGCUAAGAAAUGCUGUUCGUCUGCCGUUGUAUAUUCAAAUUUGAUUAUUUCCGUUAGUUCAUGUUGAUUUUGAGCUCCACGUAAUGAUUCGACACCGAGAAAACUAGAGAGAGUAUGAAAUUGUAUACAAUGUAGCUUGCUGGAUUUUUUGAGAUCGACUGACGUCUUGGACAACGGCCCACAUAUUUUGAAGGGCCCUAUUACGUCACUGUGACGUUGUAGGGACGUAAAAUUUAGAUGACGUAGUCAGGAAUCUGUGGAUAUUUUUUCUUUAAAACUAAUUACCGCAUGUUCAUUGUAUUUUGUUUUUACUGUGGUCAACAUAUUAUCAUCAGUACUAAUGGAAUUGAGUCUAUAAUACUGCUGAGUUCAUCCUAAUAUUAAGACUGACAUGCAUUUAUUUACUCGUGAUUUUCAGAAUGUCAUUUGUAUCUACAUUUUGAAAACAGUUGAAUUAGGCAUAGAAUCAUGCAUUAUUUUGCCUUUUCUGCUGGUAGCAAGGGAUUGGAGUAUUGCGGAAAACGAGGUACAGCGGUUAUACUAGGAGCUGGUGCUUUAUUUUGGUUGUUUCGUCAUCGACAGAAAUGUCUUCAGUUGCGUCAGAAAGCUGCUGAAAAAAGAGAAGCGGAGCAAGAAUAUAUUCAACAGAAAUUGAAUUCACUUGGAGAAGAACUGAAUGAAGAUAUGGUCAGACAAAUAUUGGAUUUAAAAGGACCUGAGUUGUUAAAGCAACUAAAGCAAGGUAGUUUAAAUCCUGUGAAUGUUCUGAAAGCUUAUAUUUAUGAAGCCUGCAAAGUGACCGGCCAAAUUAACUGUGUGAAUGAGAUAACCAAGGAUUGUGAAGAUUUUGCAGUUAGUUUAACUGACAAGGAACCAAACAGUCUUCCUCUUUAUGGAAUUCCUGUCAGUCUGAAAGAAUGUAUGAAAACCAAAGGAACUCCAAGUACUGCAGGGAUGGCAAUGUAUCUUGAUGACAUUCCAGCAAGGGACUGCGUUCUUGCUGAGGUCCUGAAGCAACUCGGUGCAGUGCCAUUUGUUAAAAGCAAUUGUGUACAGAUGAUGCUUAGUUUUGAGUCCAGCAAUCCAAUUUAUGGUGAGACAUCAAACCCCUUGAAUCAUGAUUUCUCACCAGCGGGUUCCUCAAGUGGAGAAAGUGCCAUUGUAUCUGCGGGAGGUUCUGUGCUUGGAUUUGGCACUGACAUAGCAGGAAGCAUUCGAGUCCCGGCACAUUUUUGUGGAAUUUGUGGAUUAAAACCAACAAAGCAUAGAUUAAGCUCUGCUGGCUUGACAGGCUCAUUACCUGGUCAGAAUGCUAUAUCUGCCACCCUGGGCCCCAUGGCGAGGGAUGUCGACACCAUUGUCAUGGCAAUGCGAGCUCUACUGUGUGACACCAUGUUCGAAUUGGACAAAAAUGUUCCUCCAAUGAAGUUUGAUGAAGAGGUUUUCAAGUCAAGGAAACCACUACGAAUAGGUUAUUACUGUGAUGAUGGAUAUAUGAAACCAGUUCCAGCUUGUCAACGAGCUGUUAAAAUUACUAAGGAGGCCUUGGAACGAGCAGGCCAUGUACUAGUGCCGUAUAAAAUUCCUGAUAUGGAACUCUUGAUGGAAAUGACGACAAGGGCUUUUUACAUGGAUGGAGGUCGCAUCAACCUGGAACGUUUAAAGUAUGAUGUUGUCGAUAAACGUUUACUUCGUUUAUGGAGGAGAUGGAAAAUGUCACCUGUUCUGAGGAAAUUAUAUUCAGUGUUUCUCACUUUGACCCAAUCUGCUCGAAUGGGAAAAGAUUUAAUGGCGUAUGGAGGUGGAGACAAGUCGGCAUAUGAGCUCUGGAAGUUAACAGCAUGGAUGGACGGAUACAAGAUGAAAUUCUGGUCAGAGUGGAAGGAAAAAUAUAAAAUCGAUGCAUUGAUUUGUCCGGUGUAUCCGUUAGUUGCAUGUCCUAAAGGUAUGGUGACAAAUAUGACUGCUAAUAUGAGUUAUGCAACACCUUUUACUGUGGCCAAUUGCCCUGCUGGCACUGUACCUGUGACAAGAGUCACACAGCAAGAUAUAGAGGCACUGAAAAGUCAACAAGGGCAUUAUGGGGAUCAAUGGGAUCAUCACCUCAAAAAAGCAUGUAUGGGAAGUAUUGACAUGCCCGUUGGUGUACAAUGCGUUACUCCUCCGUGGCACGAAGAAGUUUGCCUUAGGUUGAUGAAGGAAGUUGAAACACUCCUACCAAUGUAAAUUGUGGAGAAUCUCUUGUUAUAAAAUUUCAAUAGUUGUGACUGGUCCUGUACAGAAAUAAAAAUCAUACUGAACGCUGAAUUUAAAUUGUGUGAUGCACUACCAUUUUUCAAAAGCUAUUUUGAAUAGGGAAUUGAAUGUUUCUGCUAAAAUUAUUAUUCAUAUCAUAAGUAAAUGAAUGGAGUUGUAGGUAUUUGUGGAAUAAUAGACUUUGCACAUCUUUGUGGUAAAAAGUUUGAAUAUAUUAAAAGGGUUUUACUUUAUAAAUAUAAAGUAUUGUUGAACAAUGGAGCUGAUUUUGAAGCAUCAAAUAUGGUACCAUGAUAUGUAUUUCUCUCUAUGUAUUUCUAUAUCUAUUUACUAUUUAUGUACUUCUACUUGAAAAUGAUUGAAUAAAGUCCAGUAUUCCACUUCUAUUACUAAUGAUAGUGAACUUUUCUAUCUGGUGGAAUAAUGUUUCACACAAUCGGUCGACGGUCAUUAUCUUCUUUUUGUUAUGUAUAUAGUGGGAUUAUUAUAAUUAAUAAAAGUAAGAUGUCCUUAAUUUUUUUGUUACUUAGUUGCACAAUUGUGCUCAGCACUAUGUUGUUUAAUGCAAUCAUUGAUAUUAUUUCUUCAUAGUUUGUAUAGUUUCAUUCGCUACAACUCGCUUUUCAAAAUGCAGUAAUUGAUGUUCACAUUUUGUGGAAUAUGUAUCAACAAGCCAAAAUACCAGAAUCAUUACAAAAUCAUUUUUGUUUUUUAUUCAAUCAGA